AUGACAAGAAUAGACCAGUUGGAGGUCAGGGUUGAUGGCAACGGGAGCAAGGUACCACUACUGCGAGAACUCUAUUCCAAUGUUCAGCGACAUAAGGACCAAACAACGGGUCAGAGGUACUCCAGGAAUGAUUCUAGUCCUAAGUCAAAUAGAGCAGGUGAGAUCAGCAUGGAGGGAUACAUGGAAAAACUACCAAUGGGAAGAAGGAGAGCAUCACUUAUCAAGAAAUGGAAGAAAAGAUACUUCAGAGCUAAGGCAGGGAAUCUUUUCUAUUAUGAGGAUCACAAAGCCAAGAAGUCACUAGGAUAUAUUCAUCUGAUAGGAGGCAAGGUCACAGAGAUCAGUAACAAGGUCUUAGAAGUAACAGAUAUGAGAGGUAGAGUACUGCUACUGAGAUGUAAUAGUAAAAUGGAGUUUGAAGAUUGGAAGAAUAUCUUGACAGCGGAGACUGGUGCAUUCGUACCUAAGUCUAACAUUGCCCCUCCUAUCAGCAAGAGAGUAUUGGUAGUUGAUCUAGGUGGUUCAUCAGUGAGGGCAGGUGUAUUAUCAGAAUCCGAGACCCCCUACCCUCAGGUGUUCUUUCCUUGUGUAGCUGCCACACAGGGUAGAAGUAAGGACAAGACAGCAUAUGGAUUUAAUGCACUAGCACCAGAUUGCAGGGCUACCUCCAAACUUCAUUUUCCUUUCAGGAAACAGGCCAAACUAGAACAGUUCAAGCUGAACAUGUCAAUCACAGAAGGUCUUCUGGAAACGGCAUUCUCUGAACUAUGUGUAGAUCCCAUCGCAUAUACAGUGCUUGUCAUUGUACCAUUCUACAUGGGACCAAAAAUGACUGAAAAGCUGGUUGAAAUGAUUUUUGAUCGUUUCAAUGUAGAGGGAAUCCUUGUCCAAGAGCAGGCAUUGAUGGCACUCUACUCUUAUAAGGCUACCUCAGGCAUUGUGGUUAACAUUGGUGAAAGGGUAGAUAUUGUGCCCAUUGUGGAUGGUUACAUUGUGGAGAAAGGGGUGUACAGGUUACCGUUUGGAGGGAGGCAGAUCACAGAACAUCUCACCAGGCUCCUUACAGAGACAGGACACAGAUUGUUCUCUGAGGUGGAGAAGUACAUUGGAAGAUUGUUGAAAGAGAAGGCCUGUUUUGUAGCCCAAGACUACCAUGCAGAGUUGAAAUUUUGCUCGCUGGAUCCAGAAUUGUGCAGCACUUAUCUUGACUUGGAUAAAUAUGAUGUACCAAAUGGAACAGGGACUAUCAAGUUGGAUUACUCUCGAUUCCGAUGCACUGAAGGUCUGUUUCAUCCGGAAGUAUGGGGCAAGGAUCAUCCUGGUCUACAUACAUUGGUCUACAAUGCCAUUCAAGCAUGUAACAUUGAACAGAGGAAAACAAUGGCCAAGAGCAUCUACCUAUGUGGAGGUACAACCUUAUUACCAGGGAUUGCAGAGAGACUAAGAACAGAACUAACUAAGAUGCUACCUAAGAGUACACUCGUCAAGGUGCAUGCUGCACCAGAGCGAUACCAUGCAGCAUAUAAUGGAGCCAAUGUUCUAGCACCUCUCUCUGCAUUUGAUAACAUGUGUAUUACUAAGGAAGAAUGGAGACAACUAGGACCAACAAGUCUUACAAAGUGGACAACAUCAUAAACAACAUAACUUGUAUGACAGAUGCUCUUAUGAUAAUUCAUUUGUAACUUGGUGAGGUUCAUCCCUUGGGUGUUUCAUCAAUAUUGUUCAACUGAAAAGCUCUCACAUCUGGCACCUACAUCAGAAAAAUCAUUAGUUUUGAUUAGCCGGGAUUUGAGAAACACUGUUACUAUGUCAAUUGUAAGAGAAUGAUAACCUUUCAUAGAAUGGUCUUUCAACAAUACCUAGCUGAACUAGACAAGAAUGAUUUCCAGCCCUAGCAAUGUAUCUUUGAUGAAGCAAAGGUAUAUGCAGUUGUUGCCAAAUGAAGUAUUGGAUCUUGGAUCAACUUGCAGCGAAACCAAGGAUAAGAGCUUUAAUGCAAGUGAACAGUCAAACUCAAAAAUAUAAGUGGAUUAUAAAGCUUAUUAUUACAAAACAAUAUCUUGAAAGGAUCUAAUACUUGGAUCGUAUGCGAAGUAACAUUUUUAGUAAUUAUUUAAUUGAUUAGAAUUUGAGUUUUUUUUUUUACACAUGUAACAUUUAUUUCUUUAUUUUAAUAAAGGAUAAAAGAAAGCUACAUGAAAUGAAGAAGUAAAUUUUCUGAAAAUACAAACUGACAGUGAUUUUAACAGCUUUGUAGUUAUAACUUUCUCCCUUCUCUUUUGAGAAAAAUAACGUCAAAUUGUACCUUUUUAAUAGCAGUUUUUCUUAUAACUAGUUCAAUAUUUAAGUUCAUGAUUGAAAAUUUUGUACCUGAUGUAGUACACGUAUAUUGAAUAUGUAAUAUGGAUGGACUUGUAUAUAGUUUUGACCUGAUUUAUGCAAACUAGUUAGAUUAUCUAGAUCGACAUAAAUUUCUCAAACAUUUCUCAAAAUGGUUUUAAAAAAGGUCUGCAUGUAUGUGUGAUUUAUCCCUUUUUGGCUGAUUUUUUUUAAAUUGAAUACUUAUUUCAACUUUAUAUGAAACAAAUGAAAACUAAAUAGGCGUAGAGUUUGUAUAAUAUUAUAAUCUUGAACCUGCUUCAAGUAAGUGACUAUUAAUUUUCAUUUUCAAAUAUAUAGUUGUAGUAUUGGCAAUGAAGUGUACAUUUUUGUAAAUAAAGAGACAUGGUUAAUGUAUAGUGAGGACACACUUAUGACCCCAUAUUCUAUUUUGUAUACAAAUGAUUUAUCAUGUACAUAGUUGUAAAUAGUUAAUAGAAUAUGAACGCCAGCCAGUAUGUAGAUACAAAUAUGUGCUUUCCAAACUAUAUUUGGAGAUGCUUUUGUAGAAGACCUAUUUUAAUGCUUGUUUUUCUUACUUCGACCAGAUUUUUCAAAAAGUUUGUAAAUCACAGAUUGCAUCCAGAAUGUCUGAGAGAUCAAAUUUAGUACUGAGUUUUAAAGUUUACGUUCGUGAUUGAUUGAUUGUGAAUAAAGCAAAGUUGUAUGAAGUCUUUUAGAUGGAAUUUUUUCUUUUAAGUGUAUUUAAGUGUAUUAAAAUAAACUUGUAGUAUUGUACAGAAAAGAAAUUGAAAACAUGCACUCAAAUAUUUGGUUUAUUUCAUUAUCCCACAUGUAGCUGUGCAUUCAAAAUGCACUAUUUUCAUUCAUUUUCUAUACUCGUCAAAGUCCACCCUGAUGUAAAAUUGAUUUUGAUAAAAGUAGAAAAAUAAGAAAAACUCAUGGCAAAAUUCAGCAAAAAUUCAUUUAAAAAAAUAACGAGUUAUGAAUCCUUAAAGUUUCAAUAUUGUGAUGUCACAUAUAGACAUCUCCUUCAUAUAUCAUGUAAUAUAAACGUCAUAAAUGAUAGAUUUCAAUAAACUGUUUAACCUAUGUAUUCAAUAUACUAUCAGAGAAAAAAACAUUAUGUAAUCCUUAGAAAUAACCCACAUGAACCAUUAAAAAGUGCAAUUUAUUUCAAUUAUGUUACAUGACAUACUAAGGAGCUUUGUGUACCUGCAUGUGCCAUCACCAAAUAUUACAACUUAUUAAGUAUUAAUAACUAUGUUAUUAUAUGUUGGAAAUCUUUGCCAAACCUUCAGUAAUAUCAUUCUCUACUUGUUCUGCUAUUAUCAAAACAAACUUGAAGUCAGUGUAGACUUUCCCUGUGAUCAUACAUGUAUUCUAGCUUUCAAACUAUUUCUAAAUAUGCAAAUUAAUUUUCACUAUUUAUAGUUAGUAUAUUACAAGAGCUUUUCUUAUUAAUCACUGAAAUGUUAUCUUCAUAUUGGUUUUUAUAUCAGCGAUAUAAAAUCAUUUUUUUGUGUUUUAUUAUGUAUUUCUUUUUCUUUUUGCUGGAAUAUGGUCUCUCUGGAGAAAUUCUACUUUCUGAAUCAUUUUAUUCCUUUAUAUUGAAGAAAUACGGUAUGUUUUGGAAUGUAAUAAAAGCAACAGCAAUAUAGGAUAGUUAUAUUCAUAUUUGUCUACCGGUAUAUUUUUUCUUAAAAAUCUGUCUCAAUAUUGAAUCAUUUUUAGAAAGAACAAAAUUUUCAACAUUUUAUAUAUUGUCUUUCUUGCAAAUUAAUUUAAAAAAAAUUAAUUCUCACUGUACUGUAUACUUAUGUGAAGUUUAUUAAAUGAUCUGCUUUGAAAGCAGUAAUAGUGAAUUAAUAUAUAUGUAUGAACAGAUUUUUCUAUUAUAUAAAUGUAUCACCAUGUGCAAUUAGUUUCACACUCAUUUUUAUUGCAAUAGAUAUUUUGUAUGUAUUCAUUUUUUGCUUAUCCCUUAUCAUUUUGAGCUUUAGUAUAACACGAUCAAACUAUGAAUUUAUCAUAAAGCUGGACUUUUCUAUAUAUUUGUUAAUGUGAGCAGUUUUGAAUUUUUAAUAAUAGCUGAUGAUUAAAUAACUCAUAUGUGAUAGUAUCUUUAUCCCAGAGUGUUUAUAAAUAUAUUGGAUGAAAGUCUUUUAUGGAUAAUGAACGUAUUGAUAGUCAAAACAAUGAUCACUGCAAUAAUAAAGAUAUGAAAAUUA